AUGAACACGACAAGUGGUGAUUUAGCCAACCCCACGACCUGGCAAGAUGCUGGAGGUGAUUUUCCCAACUGCACCGAUGUAGAAGUCAGUCUGAAGACUUUGUACCUCCCUGUUAUGUACAGCCUCAUCUUUCUGGUGGGCUUCCCAGGAAAUGUUAUUGCAAUCUGUGUUUACAGCUUCAAGAUGAGGCCUUGGAAGAGCAGCACCAUCAUCAUGCUGAACCUGGCACUUACAGACCUGCUCUACCUCACCAGCCUUCCCUUCCUGAUACACUACUAUGCCAAUGGGGAGCACUGGAUCUUUGGGGGAUUCUUGUGCAAGUUCAUUCGUUUUGGCUUCCACUUCAACUUGUACAGCAGCAUCCUCUUCCUCACUUGCUUCAGUGCCUUCCGCUACAUGGUGAUUGUCCACCCUAUGAAAUUUUUCCAAGUCCAAAGGAAGCAGUGGACAGCAGUGGCCUGUGCAGCCAUUUGGGUGAUCUCCCUGGCAGCUGUCACUCCCAUCAAUUUCUUGAUCUCCUUAAGAGAGGAGCAAAACAGAUCCUUAUGCCUUGACUUCACCAGUUCUGAAAACCUGGGUGCAAUCAGGUGGUAUAACUGGCUGCUCACCAGCCUGGCCUUCUUCUUGCCCCUGGUGACAGUGACUCUGUGCUAUGCACUUAUUAUUUCUGCCUUAGCCACUGGGCCCCAGACACAGGCUAGCCACAAACAGAAGGCUCGCAGACUUGCCAUCAUCCUCUUGGUGGUCUUCUAUGUGUCCUUCCUCCCCUUCCACCUUUUUCGGGUUGCUCGGGUUGAACUGCAGUUGUGUCCCGUCAGCUGUCAUGUUGAGAAGCAGAUUCACACCAUCUAUAUCAUCUCUCGACCUCUGGCUGCACUCAACACCUGUGGUAACCUUCUGCUGUACGUUGUGAUGGGAGAUAACUUCCAGCAGGCCAUCCUCUCACUCUCAUGGUGCAAGAGGAGCAAAUGCAUCCAACCACCUGGGAGCAGUACUUAUAUGAACAAGCCAGAAAUCACCUUAAGGGUAUAG